GGUGUUUUCUUUAUUUUACUCACUUGCAAAUCAAACUCCAGUGGUGCAGUGUUCCUACUUUCUUUUUUCUAAAAAGUCCUUUAUGGCCUGUGUAGGAUAUUAAUUUGAUAAUAAACUCGUAAACAGUCAAACCUAUCAACAUGCCUGUGGAUACAAAACUGUAUGAUCUCCUUGGUGUGUCACCAACUGCUCACACAAACGAAAUAAAAAAGCAAUACAAGAAGCUUGCUCGUCAAUACCAUCCAGAUAAAGCAGGACCAGAAACUGCAGAAAAGUUCAAAGAAAUAUCUUUUGCACAUGAAGUUUUAUCUGACCCUGAGAAACGUGAAAUGUACGACAGAUUUGGUGAGAAAGGAUUAAUGGAAGGUGGAAUGGGACAUGGAAUGGAAGAUUUACUUGGUCAUAUAUUCGGUCAUGGUGGAGGUAGUAUGUUUGGUGGUUUUGGAGGCGGUCCAUUUGGAAUGGGUGGUCCAUUUGGAAUGGGAGGUGGCAAAAGGAGACCUCAGAAAAGGCGUGGUGAAGAUACUGUUCAUCCGCUAAAAGUGAAAUUAGAAGACUUACACAAUGGACAUGUUUCAAAGUUAAAAUUAAGAAAGAAAGUUAUAUGCUCUGCUUGCAAAGGUGCUGGCGGUAAAGGUAACGCUGUUCAAAAAUGUCAUUCUUGUCAUGGUAAUGGUAUCAAGAUCAGCAUACAACCACUUGGCCCUGGAAUGGUUCAACAAGUCCAGAGAGUUUGUCCAGACUGUGCUGGAGAAGGAGAAAUUAUCGAUGCCAAAAACCGUUGUAAAAAGUGUUUAGGAAAAAAAGUUUGUGAUGAAACGAAAAUACUGGAGGUGCAUGUUGAUAAAGGUAUGAAGAAUGGACAAAAAGUUACUUUUCGUGGUGAGGGAGACCAACAGCCUGGCAUUGAAACCGGAGAUGUGAUUAUAGUUCUGCAGCAACAACCACACGACCGAUUCACACGACAAGGAGAUGACCUGCACAUGGAUUUAACCAUCGGAAUUACAGAGGCGUUGUGUGGUUUUAAAAUACCUAUCCAACACCUGGAUGGAAGGGAACUGCUUGUGACAAAUAGUGCUGGAAAAGUUGUUGAACCAGAUAGCGUGAGAGUAAUUAUUAAUCAAGGAAUGCCCAUGCACAGAAAUCCAUUGGAGAAAGGAAAUUUAUACAUAAAGUUUACGGUUGUUUUUCCCGAGAAAAGUCAUAUUGAAGUUGAAAAACUGAAGGCACUCGAAGCAUUUCUGCCACCUCGUCCCAAACCGAUGGAUUUCGAAGGUGACGAUGUCGAAGAAGUGAUGUUGUUAAAUUUCAACGAGACGUCGUCAGCAGACGACGUUUAUCGCAGUGACAUUUACGAUGACGACAAUGAUGAUGAGAGAGGAGGACAUGGUCACGGUCCUGGAGUGCAAUGUGCAACACAAUAAUUUGUCUGAUUUUAAGGAAAACUCAUCUCUUAUUUUGUAAUAGUGACUGAGCGAGAAAAUGUUUUUACGUCGAAUUAUAAAGUUGUAUUUCAAUUUGUUAAAGAUUCGGAGGAGUCAUAGCUCUCUUUUACGCUA